AUUAACCAUUUCCCUUACUGCAAAUUUGUUUCCUGUAAUGCAAUUAUACAAUUAGCAUUUAGCAGAGGUGUUUUCAUGACUCUGGAGCCAGUUUACAAUGUAAUGCAGGGCAGAUCUAGUAAUGAGAGGCGUUAACACUUGGCUGAUACUGUAGAACUAAAACUGAACCAACCAGCUACAUGGUGUAUUUAGAAGUCUCAGUAUACCGCUGUACCCUAUUCUCCCGGUGCAUCUCACGUAGACAGUAAGUGCACACUCUUCAUACAGUCAGUAACAACUCAUCCGUAAGCUCCUGCCAUUACCAAUUUACCAGGUUCAGGGCUGUCCGACGCCACUUGCCCCCGCCCCCUGCAUCUUGUGUCUUGAGGAUUCCUUGGAUGGAGUUCCAAAAUAUGAAGGAGAGGGUGGAGGUUCCGCUUGAACAGUCAAACGGUCGACAAGCAGAGUUAUGGAUGUGUGGGCAAUAGCUGGCAGCUUCAUCAUUGCCAUCAUCCCAAUUAGCACCGCUGCUGAGAUAGUGUGCAGAAGAGACAGCCUGUGCCAGCGCCAGGAAGGUACCCAGGACAUCAAACAGCAGCCAGACUUUAUCCUCUUGCCAUACUAUGGAGUCAUGUGCCCCAGAUGAGUUCUUUCAAUCCCUCAACCAUGCAGAACAGACGUUUAAAAAAAUGGAAAACUACCUCCGACACAAACAGCUUUGUGAUGUUGUCCUUAUUGCUGGGGAUCGAAGAAUUCCUGCACACAGGUUGGUCCUCUCCUCUGUCUCUGAUUACUUUGCUGCCAUGUUUACAAGUGACGUGAGAGAGGCAAAGCAAGAAGAAAUCAAGAUGGAAGGCGUGGAACCAAAUGCUCUUUGGGCCUUAGUACAAUAUUCAUACACAGGUCGCCUUGAAUUAAAGGAAGAUAACAUUGAAUGCCUACUGUCAACGGCUUGCCUGCUGCAGCUGUCUCAGGUUGUGGAAGCAUGUUGCAAAUUCUUGAUGAAACAGCUCCACCCAUCCAAUUGUCUAGGAAUCCGUUCAUUUGCUGACGCACAAGGAUGUACUGAUCUGCAUAAAGUAGCUCAUAACUAUACCAUGGAGCAUUUCAUGGAAGUAAUCAGGAACCAAGAAUUUCUGUUAUUGCCAGGAGGGGAAAUUGCUAAACUUUUAGCGAGUGAUGAUAUGAAUAUUCCAAAUGAAGAGACAAUCCUUAAUGCUUUGCUAACAUGGGUUCGACAUGACGUAGAACAGAGAAGAAAAGACCUUAGUAAACUGCUGGCUUACAUCAGAUUACCUCUGUUGUCACCACAGUUCCUUGCAGACAUGGAAAAUAAUGCUCUAUUCAGAGACGACCUUGAAUGUCAGAAACUUAUUAUGGAAGCCAUGAAAUACCAUUUGCUGCCUGAAAGACGACCCAUGUUACAGAGUCCUCGCACAAAGCCUAGAAAGUCUACAGUCGGGAUGUUGUUCGCUGUUGGCGGAAUGGAUGCUACAAAAGGAGCUACAAGCAUUGAAAAAUAUGAUCUUCGCACAAAUAUGUGGACCCCAGUCGCUAACAUGAAUGGGAGGAGGCUGCAGUUUGGUGUAGCUGUGUUGGAUGAUAAAUUAUAUGUUGUUGGUGGCAGAGAUGGAUUGAAGACACUCAAUACUGUUGAAUGCUACAAUCCCAAAACGAAAACAUGGAGUGUAAUGCCGCCUAUGUCUACACAUAGACAUGGUCUUGGUGUGGCUGUUUUAGAAGGACCUAUGUAUGCUGUAGGGGGCCAUGAUGGGUGGAGCUAUUUAAACACAGUGGAAAGGUGGGACCCUCAGGCAAGACAGUGGAACUUUGUGGCCAGUAUGUCAACUCCAAGAAGCACCGUUGGUGUAGCUGUGUUAAGCGGAAAACUUUAUGCAGUUGGUGGCCGUGAUGGAAGUUCCUGCCUCAAGUCUGUAGAAUGCUUUGAUCCUCACACCAAUAAAUGGACCUUGUGCUCACAGAUGUCUAAGAGAAGAGGAGGGGUUGGAGUCACUACAUGGAAUGGAUUUUUGUAUGCAAUUGGAGGACAUGAUGCACCAGCAUCAAAUUUAACAUCUAGGCUCUCAGACUGUGUAGAAAGAUAUGAUCCCAAAACAGACAUGUGGACUUCAGUAGCAUCUAUGAGUAUUAGUAGGGAUGCUGUAGGAGUAUGUCUGCUGGGUGACAAACUUUAUGCAGUUGGGGGUUAUGAUGGACAAAGCUAUCUCAACACCGUAGAAGCCUAUGAUCCUCAAACUAAUGAGUGGACACAGGUUGCACCAUUGUGCCUUGGAAGAGCCGGUGCCUGUGUUGUGACAGUAAAACUAUAACGUGCCAGUGUUAGAGCACAUCUGCAAAGACUUUCACAUUCCCAAAGAGCUUGUAUUUCAGAAUACACACUAUUCCUUAUUCAGUGAUUGUGUUGUGAAUGAUAAAGCCCUACUAAUUAUCACUUUAAAUGAAUUUAAGCACACAUCUGCCGUGUAUAUCUUGCCUGUUACAGAUGUUAAACUAUUCAAAUGUAUUUAACCCUUUGUAAUCAAAUGAACUUUUUAAAUCCAUUGUACAUUUUGGGACAUGACUGAGUUUUGAAUUAUACGUAGUUCAGUUUGUAUUUUACCACAGUAAUGGGCUAAAUACUUUAUUACAAGAGAAGAUCACAACCUUGUGGGCUCAAUGAAGGAAAUUAAAACCAUGCAUGAGCAGAGAUGCCUAUUAAUAAACUGAUUAUAAUUUGGAAGCAGAGGCACAUGAGGGCAACACAGCAGGUCUGUUAGUUGGCAACAAGCUCACUGCAAGCACAGAUGGCAGCGCUGAGUGCUGUGCCAGGAAGUCGUCUGUCAUAGGAUUAGCACAGACGGAGAGAACCUCUAGAAUGGUUAAGUAUUAGGGGCGGGGGAUCCUAUCCAAGGAAUGAUUUUUUUUUCUUCUGCCAACCUCUCUUCCUGGCUAUAGAAUCAUUUUGUAAGUAUUUGAUGUCAGGCCAAAGAUAAGUAAAGAAUGAAGUAACUAAGGAAAA